CGCCCUUCUAUUAUUUUAUUCCAAACCUUACAACUUCUUCCCACCAACUAACUUAUGAGUUUUAUUCCAAACCUUACAACUUCCAUUGUUCUAAGAAAGCAAAGUUUGACAUUGUUCUUUUGUUUCCAAAUAUGAUCUGCACGGAGUCAAAUCACCAGCGUAUUUCCUUCUCCAGUGAUCUUGGCCAAUCAGAUAACGCAUCACCACCACCAGCCCUUAUCCGAAGAGACGAAUCUCUUCUUGAUUCAUCAAACUCUUCUUUCGAGUUCCACAUCUCAAACAACUUUGAUCCUGGAGACUCCUCACCAGCCGAUGAGAUCUUCGCUGACGGCAUGAUCCUCCCUUUCCAUGUAACCCCACCUUCCACCGCACCAAAACGUCUCUACAAAUACGAACUCCCUCCCAUUACCUCCUCUCUUUCUCCAUCUCCUCUCCCUCCACAACCAUUACCGCCAAAACACAUCGAGAAGGACACCAGCGGUGCAAACUCGGACUCAGAAGCAGAGAAGUCGUCAAAGUCGUUUUGGAGUUUCAAGAGAAGCUCGAGUCUCAACUGCGACUUAAAGAAGAGUCUGAUCUGUUCGUUUCCUCGUCUCACGAGAAGCAACUCUACAGGUUCGGUUACUAAUUCAAAGAGAGCAAUGCUGAGAGAUGUUAACAACCAUAGGGUCUCUCCCACUUCUUCUUCUUCUUCUUCCUCUGUCUGUUGCAACUAUCACUUCAGGCCUCAGAAGCACACAGGCAAGAAAGGUGAAGCAGGAGGAGGAAGCUUUUCGGCUAUUCCAGUCCUCAGUGGUCCGUCUACGUUUGGGUUAGGAUCGUUUCUACGUCACUCAAAGAAGAAGAAGAACAAGAAGUAGUAGAUGGCUACAUGAACAGAGAGUCUCGAUAAAUUGUUUUUAUUUCCUCGUUUGAUUGUUGUCUACAUAUUGUUGGGUGUUUUUUCGUGUUACUACUAAACGUUUUAGGUUGCUGUAUUAUUUUGAACAGGACACAACCUUAAUGACACAUUUAGC